CAGCGCGACGUGCGCUAAAUUUCAAAUGCCGCACAGUAGCUGAUGAGCGACGAAUGUUUCCCCAACAGAUCUGUUACAACAUCAUUGUUGUUGUUGUGUUAAAUCGUCUUGUGUGCUCGCGCGUUAAAAUACUUCGCGAAAUCGUCACGAUUGCGUACGGUGUACAUCUCUCCCCGGGAUAACAUGGCCACUUUGAAUGAACCUUAUCUUCCCGAUAUAACGCAAGUAACCGAUUCGGAGGAUGAACUCGAAAUGUUGAUGCGAUGUUUGGAGAACCGUGUUCACACGAGGGAUCUGUUGCGGAAAGACAUCGAGGAUAAAGAAAAUAAUUUCCGAAACAUAUUGGUGGAGAUGAUACGCGAGAAUGAAUCCUUGAAGCAUUGCAACGACGAACAAAAAAAGACGAUCUCUGUGCUGGAAGGUCGUGUUUGUAAGUUGCAAAACAACAUCGAUUGUUUACUGUACAAGUUGAACAGCGCGUGCGACGCCGUGAGGAAUAUGCAGGAAGAAUUGAAAAUUAGGGACAGACAGCUGAAGCAACACGCAACGGAGAAAGACAAGAUAAUGCAGAGAUACCGCGACAAGAUACAAGAGGAAACCGACAAGGUGGCCAAAGAAUUCGAGAACAAGUUACGCGUUCAGCGAGAACAGUUGGAGAGCUGCAUCGAGAAGAAAGAUAACAAAUUGCAAUUGGUGAAGCAAAUAUUGACCCCCACCGCUGAUAACAAGUCUGCUGCAUCAGCGGCGGCGUCGAGAAAAAAACACGCAAAGACUAUUAAAAAACUGGCAAAAUUUGUGGAAAAUUCUUCCGUAACAUCCGUUGAUCCUCAGACUACCGAGAGACAUACUUCGAAUAUGAACGCGAGAAGCGAUUCCGAUGAUAAAGAAACAAAAAUUGCGCGGGAGGAAACAAUCCCAUCGACGUCUAAGGAAAAGCUCUCCACGGAAACUUUGAGUUCGAAAACAGACAUUGCGGAGGAUUCGCGUCCAAUCGCGGUCACCGAUUCCCAAUCGCCGUCUAAGCUCUGCUCGGACGAUGUUGCAACUAAUGCGAGAAUAAAAUCGGACACAAAGCAUAUGAUUGAAAAGAUCGCGAUAGCGAAUCCGAGAUAUCGAUCGCACUGCGCGGAGAAGUGGAUAGAUCAUCGUCCCCCCGGCACGAUUCCAAUCGGCACAAUCAUGCAGCCACAAACGCAGCAUCAUCAACGAACCGUUCGAAAGCUAACGAGUCCGAAACCCUUCACGAACAAAUCCGCCAGAUACUGUCUUCUCGCGCAAGAACAAGACACGGACGGCGAACUCGAAACCAAAUUGUACAAGGCUAACGUGUUACCAACGUGCGGAGGAGGAGCACAGGUUGUGUUCAACGACAUAGAACGUUUACAGCAGAUAUCUCUAGUCGCGGCAAAACAAAAAGCGGAAAACAAAAAUUCCAAGUAAGAAUACAUGCGCGUUUGUGUAAAUAUAUACAUUUAGUAGAAAUCUAAACAAAGUCGCUAUAGCGGAUACGCAGCUGCAACGAACAUCCGACAGCCUUAAAAGUUUCGUAAGACGAUUGCGAAUAUGUGAUUAUUUUAUUAUCAAUCGUUUUAUUCAAAAUAAAUAAAUUAUAUAUAUUUACCUUGGGAAAGAAAGAGUAUCGAUUUUUUUAUUUCUCACGUAUUAAUAUAAUCUUGAAAUUCGGUGUAAAUAAAUAAAAAAAUGUUCUGUAUUCAACGGUGAUUCAUGAGUGUCCUAAUGUAUACACACCGGAACUCGAAAAAGAAAUCUGUUCCGAGUUCUGCACACACAAAUAGAAGAUCGUCGUUUGCUGAGUGCGCAAACAAUGAAAACGUACAAGCUAAAUUAAAAGAGAAACACAAAUUUAUCUCUUGCACACCCAAUAAAAUAAAACUGCACAACGGGUUGACAUAGCUAUGAAUCUCAAUUUAUUUUGUGUGAACAAGGAUUCGUCGUUGCCACACGUAAGGUCAUGUACUAACGGAUGGACGUAAAGUCUAGAACGCUCUUGCGUUUGAAAAUUGAAAAUUUUGAUUCGUUAAAAACAAAAGUAGCUGUUUUUACACACACAUAUAUUAUAUGUAUAUAUAAAAAUAAUAAUAAUAAUAAUAAUUCUCCGUCACACGCGCAGAAAAAUCAAUUUCGUGUAAACGCGAUAUAUCUUGCAACAAAGAUGCUACUGUACUUUCCUCCUCCUUUCGUCUAUCACAUCCUUCAGUCCUGACGUGCGCGCACAUUCACAAGAGAGUGAGAUAAAAUGUACAUACAAAAUUAUAGCAAACACAUUGAGACUAGAUAAAUACAUUAGUUAAUUAUUACAUUAAUUAGGUGUUGUAUUACGAGAUUGGCUAACAAAUUUUACAUAUAUAUAUGUAUAUACACACAUAUACAUAUAUAUAGUGUUUUUAUUAGAUAAUUUUAAACAUAUUGUGUUUGUUGUACGCGAGCAACAAUGUGUACAUACUUCUUUUAUACAAUACAAGUCGCUAUUUCGUCCGCCUCAACCGCACAUUUCUAAAUUAUAAAAAAUUACGAAUAAUAUUUUAUAUAUAUAUAUAUAUAUGAAACAAAAACUCGUGCACCGAACUCGUGCAAGAUCUUUGCUGGACGAUAUCAUUGUGUGCAAGAGUUCGCAGUGCCUGAUUUCUUCCGGAAGAACACCUCAUAAAGCAUAUCUUAUACAAAGUAUCCUUUGGCGAAAUUAGAAACUGUGUGUGAGGAGAGUGUAACAACCGUUCGAUUUGAAAUAUUACAACAGACCUUUUGCGAGAUGAAGCUUCAAUUAUGUUCCAAGCACUUAAUUAACACGCGUUAUAUUGCGAACAAUCUAUUAACAUUAUUGACUUACUUCACAAAUUGUUUCAAUUAAAACUAAGUGUCGUCUUAAGAUAUACAUAUUGUACAUAACAAUUAUUAAAAUGUGAUAUUCGGUGUUGGUUAAUUCAAUGAAACUGAAUUUGGACCGCAAAACGGGAGAUGUGUCGCGCCGUGUGUGAUUGGCGUUCAAAAAAUGGACAUUUGCGUAGCUUCGCUUGAGCCGUUGAAGCUACAUCCUGUAUGAUCAAGCAAAUCCGCGGGCAGUUCUGUACUCAGUAAAGCGCAUUUGAAAAUUUUUAUUGCAACGACAUAACCGGUCGGUUAGAUGUCUUUUAUCUCUAUAAUUAUACAUACAUAUAUAUAUGUAUGUAUAUAUAUGUAUAUAUAUAAUUCACAUGUGCUCUGUAUAGCCAGUCUGCCAAAUCGAGUUAAUAAUACUUUCACGUGAAACGUGAACGUUGCUAAACGAGUAAACAAGCAUUUGUGCGAUUUAGUCUUGCGUGUUCAACUUGCGUGUACUCCAAGAUCAAUUUUUCCGUUACACAGUUCAAUCGGUAAUUCGAACACGUGUGAACAAAAAACAAAAAAAAAA